AUGAGCUUUAUUGCUAGAACAAGAACUUCAUUAAUUCCUGCAAUUGCCAAUUUAAGAAUGUAUUCUGGUGAACCUGGAUCCGGAGCUGGUAGAGGUGGUGGUGGUGGUGGUUCUAUCCGUGAAGCCGGUGGCAGUUUUGGAAAAAUGGAGGCUGUAAGAGAAGAUGAAUACUUUUAUAAAAAGCAAAGGGAGCAACUUGCUGAUUUAAAAAAAGUCUUAAAUCAAGAAAUUGCUUUCCAUGAAGACCAAAUCAAGCGCCACGAAGAUGCUAUCAGACGCCACAAAGAAAAGAUGGCGAAAAUGGAGGACAAAUAA